AUGAAGCGGCUCAUCAAAACCGCCCUCCGUCUCAAAGAAUCCCCCAAAGACCCAACCACCUCCUUCCAACUCUGGCCCUCCCGCCCCUUCACCACAACCACCAUCCGCCUCUCACAAGAAUCACCACCAACCCCCAUCCAACUCCGCGCCUACCAAGAAGAAUGCAUCCAAGCAGUCCUGACCUCCAUAACCCAAGGCCACAAACGCCUCGGCAUCUCCCUCGCCACCGGCGCCGGCAAAACAGUCAUCUUCACCCACCUCAUCGACCGUGUCACACCCCCAAACCCCCAAGCAACCCGCACCCUCAUCCUCGCCCACAGGCGAGAACUAGUCGAGCAAGCCGCCCGCCACUGCCAGUCAGCCUACCCAAACAAGACCGUCGAAGUCGAGCUCGGAAACCUCCAAGCAACCGGCUUUGCCGACAUCACCGUCGCCAGCAUGCAAUCCAUCCUGUCAAAAGACCGUCUCCUGAAGUUCGACCCCUCAAACUACAAACUUGUCCUCGUCGAUGAAGCACACCACAUCGUCGCCCCAGGCUAUCUCAAGAUCUUGGAGCACAUGAACCUCCGGCAAAAGCAACCCGACUCCCCCACUCUGGUCGGCGUAUCAGCCACCUUUUCCCGCUCAGACGGCCUAAAACUAGGAGCGGCCAUCGACGAGAUCGUCUACCACAAGGAUUACAUCGACAUGAUUGCGGACAAGUGGCUUUCCGAAGUCGUCUUCACCACCGUCGAGUCCAGAGCCGACCUCUCCGGCGUCCGAGCCAAGGGUGCGGGUGGGACAGGCGAGUUCGAAACCGCCUCGUUGUCAAGAGCCGUCAACUCCCCCGAGCUAAACGACAUUGUCGUUCGAGCCUGGUUUGCAAAAGCCGCACCACCAAAGAGACAGUCCACGCUGGUCUUUUGCGUUGAUCUGAGCCAUGUGGCGGCUUUGACGGAACGGUUUCGGCAUCACGGGAUUGAUGCCAGGUAUGUAUUCGGCGACACCCCGGCCAAGGAGCGGGCGGAAACGCUGGAGAAGUUCAAGAAAAAGGAGUUUCCUGUCUUGCUUAACUGUGGUGUUUUUACCGAGGGGACGGAUAUUCCCAAUAUUGACUGCGUCGUGUUGGCCAGGCCGACGAGGUCGAGGAAUUUGCUGAUACAGAUGAUCGGACGGGGGAUGAGGCUGCAUGAGGGGAAGGAGAAUUGUCAUGUUAUUGACAUGGUGGCGAGUUUGGACGUGGGGAUCAUCACCACGCCGACGCUGUUUGGGCUGGAUCCGGAUGAGUUGGUUGCGGAGAAGACGGGAGGGGAACUUCUCGCUUUGGCGAGAGAGGGGGGAGAGAAGAAGGAGACGGCGGAGGGGAGGGAGAAGAGGAUGUCGAAGGCUGCCAAGAAGGCGUGUCCGACGGGAGAGAGCUACAAGGUGGCGUUUACCGAGUAUGAUUCUGUUUUUGACCUGAUCUCGGAUGCGGCGGGGGAGAAGCAUAUUAGGGCUAUUAGUCAGAAUGCGUGGGUGCAGGUGAAUCCGAACAAGUACGUUUUGAGCACGGAUAGGGAUGUGAUGCGGUUGGAGAAGGAGGUGGCUGAACCCCCACGCGGGAAAGAUGGAGAGGAGGAGGGAGAGAGGAAGACGAUGUGGAAGGGGUAUGUGAUGAGGGCGCUCUCGAAUGGGAAGUCACCGUGGGCGGCGCCGAGGGAGAUAUUAAGGACGAUGGAUUUUAGGGAUGCGGUGCAUGGGUGUGAUAGGUUUGUGGCGGAAUUUUAUGCGCCGUUUUAUAUCUCGCAGAGGAUGCCGUGGAGGAAGGCGCCGGCGUCGGAGGGGCAGCUGAGAUUUUUGAAUAAGCUGAGGUCGAAGCUGGUUCCGCUUGAGCCGGGGGAUAUCACGAGGGGGAAGGCGGCUGAUAUGAUCACCAAGAUUAAGCACGGUGCCAGGGGGAGGUUUGCGGAGUUGGAGGCGGAGAGGAAGAGGAGGGAGAAGAUUAAUAUGUAUGCUGAGAUGGAGAUGCAGAGGAGGGAGAUGGAGAAGGUGUCGGUUGGGCCCGUGGCGUCUUGA